AUCAAUCUCCACCAUCUACACUAGAUUAUUUAUCCCAAGGAGCCGAAUGUUUCGGAAGAUCAUUGGCGACAUGAAAAAUUGCAGUAAAAGACCCCGAGAGAAGACCGCCGCCAAGGCGGCCGAAGACAUUGGUGGCGCACCGCCGCCGAGAGACGGCUUUCUUCUACCAAAUACCAUAGUUCUCAGCGAAAUCUUAACGAGAUUAGAACUGGAUGCACUUUGCACUGUGGCUUGCGUGUCUCGAACCCUUCGCUCCCUGGUCUCUCAAUCUCUUAUGACUCUUCCCUCUCUCGAUCUCUCUGCCUUUUCACCCAAUGGAGAACUUGUUAGUUGCAUUGCGCCCAGACUGGGAGCGGUUAAGAGUGUGACUAUCGAUUGCCUGAAAGUAUAUGAGUGUUCCAUUGUCAGCAUUCUCGGGCCACAUUUGCUGGAAUUGAAUUUGCUCAAGUGCCCUUGGCUGUCCUAUCACGUUCUUCCAUCAAUUGGGGAGAAGUGCCCUAAUUUAAGGAAUCUUGUCCUGGAAUUGGCAGGGAAGAAUGCUCCAGAAAUUUUUAGGAAAAGCUUUGUCAAAAUGCUUCAGAAUCUUCUCUAUUUGGAGCAUCUGUCCAUAAAAGUCCGCGGAACAGAAAGUGAUGCAUAUAGCUUGACUUAUGUUGAUCUUUUCCUACCCAAAACUCUGAAAUCCCUGAAAUUGCAGCUAGUGAAUGAACGGGAUGCUGGUCUGCUCAUAGAGAAACUUGGAGAUGAUAGAGAGAGUUCAAGAAAAAUGGUGAAUCCUAGUACUAGUAUUACCUCUUAUCAAGGAUUUAGUGGUUUUACUUUGACUUGUCUGUCACUAGUUUUGGAUGCAAUAUCUGAUAGACUUGUGGCCUCAAUUACCAGCUCACUUCGACUUUUGGUUGAGUUGGAUCUUGAAGACCGGCAAUGCUCAGAAGCAAAAGUGCUUCAUGACUUGACUAACAGUGGUCUGUUGCUUUUAGGCUCCUUAAGAUACCUUACUCAUCUCUCAAUCGUCAGAAGUAGAGCAAAUUAUCCAGCUUCUUUUAAACGAGUAAAUGAUGUGGGUAUAUUAGUUCUUGCUGAGAGCUGUCGAGGCUUAGAAUCUGUAAGACUUGGUGGGUUCAGUAAAGUUACUGAUGCUGGAUUUUCAUCUCUAGUGCACUCGUGCCACAAUUUGAAGAAGCUGGAAAUUCUCAACGCACCAUUGUUGUCAGACUUGGCAUUUCAUGACAUGAUUGGUGCUGUGUCACCCCUGGUUGAGUUGAAAUUGGCGUCAUGUAACCUGAUCACUAGUGAAGCUGUAGCAGAACUGGCUUCAUCUAGUACUUUGGAAGUACUAGAUACGUAUAGUUGCAGGAGCAUUGCGGACCCCUGCCUUGACUACGUAUCGCGCCUCAGUAAACUGACCUCCAUUAAUCUCGGAGGUGCUGAUAUUACAGAUAGUGGUCUUGGUGCUCUGAGUAAAGGUGAUCUACCGAUAACUAAUUUAUGUCUUCGAGGAUGUACAAGAGUGACAGACAGAGGAAUUAUCCGGUUGCUAAACGAUGGCAUUCGAAUCAAGAAGAAACUUUCAUCUCUUGACAUUAGCAACAUGCCAGGAGUAUCAGAUAGAGCAAUUCAUGCAGUUAUUUCAUGCACCGAUGCCCUUACUGAGCUACGCAUGAGAAGCUGCUUUCACGUGACGAAUGAAUCUUUUCAAAUAUUGGCUUCAGGAAAGUCUGGUGGAAGAAAUUUCCUCCGGAAACUCGAUAUAAGUCAUUGCAUCGGAUUCUCUGAUGGAUUGGUAGAGUUACUGCAACAGGGGCAUUCGUUCCUAGGUUUACGGUGGCUUGGUGUUGCUGGUACUUAUUUGGUGAAGUGUAGUGAUUUUGCUGCAAUAUGUGGAAUGCAGCCUUGCCUUACUGUUUGUUUUGAAGGUUGUGAAGUUGGAUGUCACGACGGUUGGCAAUACCACAUAUGAUGACGAACAUUUAAAAAAAAAACAACUCACGGAAAAUUUCUUCCAACUGUCUAUCUAAAGUCGACCUUACUCAGAUUAUGUUCUGACAACGAUGCAAUUUGUUCUAGAUUUAUGUAUUUUUGUCGAUUUUUUUUU